AUGGCUGACAUUCAACAACAAUUACAAAAUCUUGAAAAUUUACUAGCUGAUUUUCUUGAUAAACGAGAACAAGCAAUAUCAUCAAUUAUCGAAAUUGCCAAUAAAAUCGAUGAAAAUCAUAAAAAUGUCAAUAUUACCAAAGUUGUAACUAGUAGCAGUGGUAUUGCUGGUACAGUUCUUGGUAUAGCAGGACUUGCACUUGCUAUACCAACUGGUGGUAUAUCAACAUUACUUACUAUUGGUGGUAUUGGUUUAGCAGUAACAAGUGGUGCAGCUCAUUUAGGUUCUGAUAUUACUGAACAUUUUUUAACGGAAUCAAAUUUAAAAAAAUUAGAUGAAAUUUGUCAAGCUGAUGAAACAAAUAUUUUUCGAUUAGCUGAUUAUCUUGAAAUAAUGGUACAUGAUAUUAAAAAAAAUAAUUCUUCUUUCGAUAAUAAAAUUGAUUUAAGAAUAGCAAGUAGUAUUAUUCAAGGAGUAUCAAGUUUAACUAAUCUAACAUGUUCAAUUAUUCGUAUUACACAAGCAACAUGUUUAUCAAUUAGAACAGUACCAUUUACUAGUGUUGCUUCAUUACGACUUGUUGGUGCUACUUCAGUUGUCUUAGGUAUAGAAAAAACAAAAAAAAAUGAAAAUAAUGUAAUUGACAUAACAAAUAUUUAUCUUUUAGGUGCCGUUACUUUACCAUUUCAAAUAAUUGAUCUUGCAUUAAGUGGACAAGCAUUACAUGAAAAAGAAUCUUCUGAUAUCUCAAUUAAACUUCGUCAACUUGCUCAACAUCUUAAAAUACAAGCAGAAAAUAUUGUUAAGUACAUUUUUGAAAUGAUACAUUCAAUUGAUUAA